UUUCACUUCUUAAUUUUGAGGUUAUCCGAAAUUUGGAAAGUGAAAAAUUGUAUUUUAAUUAGUUUCACCAGAUCCAGCUAAUAUUGAGCAAAAAUGACAAUCGAAAUGGACGAAAAGUACGGAGGAUGUGAAGGUCCUGAUGCCAUGUAUGUGAAAUUAAUAUCAUCGGACGGUCAUGAAUUCAUAGUUAAAAGAGAGCAUGCAUUAACUUCGGGAACAAUCAAAGCUAUGCUUUCUGGACCUGGUCAAUUCGCUGAAAAUGAAGCUAAUGAAGUCAACUUUAGAGAAAUUCCUUCACACGUUUUACAAAAAGUCUGUAUGUAUUUCACAUACAAGAUCCGAUACACAAAUAGUUCAACUGAAAUUCCGGACUUUCCAAUUGCUCCAGAAAUAGCAUUGGAGCUCUUAAUGGCUGCAAACUUUUUAGACUGCUAAUUCCUUUCAUCAUAACUUACAUGUUCAUUUUGUGUUAAAGAAACAAUAUAAGAAUGUGUCUUUUUCUUUUGGGUGAGAGAUUAUUAUUUUGAUAUGCAUUAGAAUUUUUUUCCUUAUCACAUUCAAACAAAUAACAAAAUUUGUAAGACAUAACAAGUCUUCAAGACACCUAAAUCAAUAAUUUUACACA